GUCUGAGUACAGUGAGGGCGCUCGGACCAUCAUGACACAGGGAUAACUCACGGCACACAGAAGACUCCCAUUUCGCAAACCAUGAUGAAAUCACUGAUUACUGUGUGUCUUCUAGUGUUUUGUAAAAAUGCUGAUGGCGCUUGCACCUUCCCGUCUGACCUCACAGGGUCAUGGGUCACCUCGACGAUGGGCACGAUCACAUUUACGACAUCCCAGGUGACGAUCCCGUCAGUCUACACCUUCGGCAACCUCGUCUUCGACUGUGACACGCUAGAUGGCACACAGUAUCUACUCAGGUCAACAACGACAGUGUCGGUCCUCAAUAAUCAGCUCGACGUCGUCACCUGCUUCAACGACAUCACCAUGCUCACCACCAGUAUCAAGUACAAACUCCAGCAUGCAACGACUACACUGAAUGAUGCGAGCAACUGGCGCAUAAAGGUCCUCCCCACAGGGACAACGCUCAGCGCCAGCACCCUCUGUGACGUGACAACCCCAUACGCCACCGGCAGCGAAGACAUCCUCAUCAAAGAUGGUUCAGCCAGCAGUGCCUACAGCCAGUGUCCAGACGCAUUAUUGGGGAAGUUCGCCUACACAUACGACGCCGGAAGCGGAGACGUGUGCUCUAGCGGCUCCAACCUCGACGUCUGUACCGACCUCACAGCCAUGACCUUCAACCUCUCCACCUGCAGUCAGAAGGUCGCAUUCUCCAGUGGGGGCGUGGUCAACUGUGUGUACAACCAGACCGACACGUCCACGUCUACAACAUACGUCAUCGUCUACAACAACGACACCACCACUGACGAGAGCUCAACGUACAGAUAUACGUGUUUGGCCGUCUCAGAGACCGGAAGUGUUGUCAACGUCAGUGAAAGCGCCCAGAUCUGCCAGGGCAACCAGACCUCAACCUACGUGGCUACCGGAGCCACACUUCAGCUGACUGCUAACCAGACCUGUGUUCCCUUUGACACGACGACGACUUCGACAACGGCUGCGACCACCACCCCCGUUGCUGCUCCUCUCACCGGUAACACUGCAGGCAUUGCUGUUGGUGUAUCCUUCGCAAUCAUCAUGAUCACACUCCUAGUUGUCUUGUUCCUGUUCCUGUUCUGUGGGAAGAAAAGGAUGAGGCUGUACAAGACCAUUUGUGGCGGGAAAUGUUUCACCGUCUGCACCGAGACUCACUCCUGUAUGCGAUGGAGCUUGUUCCAAUGCUGCGGAUGUCUGUCGUGGACGAAGGCGAUGCUAAUGAAAUGCUAUGACUGUUGCUGUCCCGAGUGUAGUCAAGGGAGAGUUGAGCCAUCGAGUGACGAUGUGGAGGCCAAUAUUGUCGUGACGAUCACUCCACCUGCGGAUGAAAUGAAGGACUCCUUCACGCCGUUGCCACCUAGUGUCGAGGAAGUGGGGCCAGUAGACGCGCAAGGAAACCCACGUCGUCUUCCUCCUCUUGAUCCCAAGACAUCACCCAUGACAGUGAUUGAAGAGGAGUCUGAAGACGUGCCGAGUUCUCCCACCAAGCUCCCGGGCAUCUCGCCCCGCACUGAUGAACCGGAACCCGCACAGGAUGGUGCUGACGGCAAGAUGGAGCCGGAGGAGAGAGUGGAAGUGAUGAAGGUUGACGAGUUUUUGGUAGCUGUAGCUGGAGAACAAGUUCAAGGUCAAGAAACGGAAGGGGAGGUAACUACGGUGAAAGAGCUGUCGGAUGUGCAGGUGGCGGAUGUAGUCCAAGGUGGCUCGGAGGCGGUUCAGUCAGGGAAUGAGCAAGAAAGCAUCCCAACUGAAGUAGAUGCAGCUCCAGUUCCACCCGAAACCGCCCCGGAUGAGUCAGGCGCCACCCCGGUCCCACCCGAAACAACCCCGGAUGAGUCAGGCGCCACCCCGGUCACACCUGAAACCGACCCGACCCAACCUGAAACCACCCCAGCCCAACCCGAAACCACCCCGGUCGAACCUGAAACCGACCCGGCCCAACCUGAAACCACCCCGGCCCAACCCGAAACCACCCCGGCCCAACCUGAAAUAGCUCAAUCCACCGAUCAGCCAGAGACUCCCUCAGAGACAACCUCGGCUCAACCUACUCAGCAAACAACGGCUGCUAGGGAACUAGACUUAGAACCAGUGGAGCAUUCUACACCAAGAGAAUGAGAGACAGCAUUUGCUCCCUUUUAAAAGGGGCCAAACCAAUACUCGUGUUUCAGGGAACAUGAUCACAACAUAUAGGUAGAACAUUUGUUUAUAUAUCAAUAUUGAUGAGUUUUCUUGAACAAUAGUUACUAGUGGAUAGCAAUGUCAGGGCCACAGAUGAAAUGACCCUUCACCGGAAACACAAGUAUUGUUUGUUGGCUGGGCGUGCGGUCUCAAUUAUCUACACAUUUUUAUAAAUUGUAGGUUGUGAUGUGAUAAUGUGACAGAAGUCACUCGUCUUCCAGAACGAGUAAACUAUUCCACAUAUUGGGACGUAUGUUUGGUACCAAGUAAAAGGGUCUUUGCUUUGCUCCAAAAUGUCUCCGACAUUUAAUGACAAGGAAUUGCUGACAAGCUGUCACACGUCGAUGUGUAAAAUACUUGUUCGUUUUUUUGUGGGUUUUCAUUUUGAUGUUCCUCGUUCAGUGUUUAGGUGCCAUGUUAAUACGGAGGCAGGAACCUUGUUCGCUACAUUAACAUUAAAUACCUGUAUUGAACAUUUUCGAUCAGAGAGCAUUGCCAGUCGUUGUUUCAUGUCUUUCGUCACAAAGCAGAUUCCUUUCGAUGGUUCAACGUUCGUUUCGUGACUAUGUCUAUGUUUUUGAAGUGCCUAACAUUUCACAAGAUCGAUAGUUUGAUCGUUUUGAUCAAACCUUUUCGAACUUAUUUUGUUUUAUUGAAUAUUUAUUAAAUGUUUUAUUUUUAAUAUUUAUAUUGCAUAUGUUUAUCAUGCAAGUUUGUGAAUAUAUGCAAAUGUUCUUUUUAUGCAAAUGGUCAUUAUGCAUUUUGUCUAAAUGAUUAUGUAAAUAUGUAAAGUGAAAAACGAUAUAUAUUUAAUAUAUUCGUGCCCCAAAGCAAAAACUGUGAUAGUUUGCAAUGAUAUAAUUAUGAGAGUGAGUGUUACUUUCCAGCGUAUGUGCUCAUGUAUAUAGUGUUUGCUGUGGUUGUUGGUAUUAUUGAUGUUUGAGAGUGAAUUGGUUCAUUUUAGCGUAUGUAGUCUUGUACAUAGCGUUCGCAUUUUACAGGUUCACCUGUACCCCAAAGCAAAACUGUGAUAGUUUGUAUUAUAGAAUUUUGAGAGUGAAAUAUUAAUUUUGUCAUAUAUAAAUGUAUCUAGUCUCGAUUGGCUUGUGUCGUAGAGAUAAUGUGUUGUUCCAUAACCCCAAAGCAAAACUGUGAUAGCUUGUAUAUAAGGGUUUGAGAGUGAAAUAAUAUUGCUUUUAUGAUAAUGUGUAUAUUAUUUGUAUUGUAGCAGUGUUGUUGUAUAACGUACAAGUAUUUGGCAAUAGGGUAGAGAAGUGGUGAAAGCGUUCGCUCGUCACGCCGAAGGCCUUGGUUUGAUUCCCCGUAAGUGUAUAUGGUUUAACGCCGCUUUUAGAAAUAGUCAAGCGAUAUCACCAGAUAUGGUCUUCACACAUUGUACCCAUGUGGGGAACUGAACCCGGACCUUCGGCGUGACGAGCGAACGCUUUAACCAGUUGGCUACCCUACCGCCCCGGGUACAAGUCGUGAUAUUGCUGGAAUAUUGUUAACAGCGGCGUAAAACCAUACUCACUCACUACCACAUCAACACGGUGUUAGCAUGUAAUACAGGGAUGUGUUUAUUCAGUUUCAGUACAUGUAUAGUGUUGACCUAGACCUGCUCAUGAUGUAGUGAUUCAUAUGUCAUUUUCCUGGUGGACGUAGAUAUGCAUAUAUUUUUGUAAUAAAGUUUCUAUGUUUGAAA